UUUUGCAGUAGUGUUUUCUGUCAAAGCUUUACAUGCGCUUGGUUGGGCAUUUUAUACCUAACCAGUCAUAAUUUCAGAUCAGAUAGUUUCUGUAGUUUUAUUUAUAGACACAGUUCUGCCAAGGAUAUAAUUAUCCUUUUAAUCAUCGAACCGAUGAUCGCGUUAACAUUAUUAUCGUGUAAAAUAAAAUCGAUUGAACGUCCUUUCUAUUUUUAAUUCUUACAGUGUUUACAAUAAGAGUUUAUUAGUGACAAAUAGUGUUAAAUUGUGUGCCGAAAAUUCUGCACAGUAGAAUGACAAUUCGGCAAAUGCCUUGAAGAUCGAAGAUUUUUCGACAACUGGCUCAACGCAAGUUUUAUACACAAAAAACCAUGUCUAAGUCAGAUUCGCCAAAAUUGGUCACUGCGUUGUUCUCGUUCAAAGGAAGGAACAAUGAUGAGCUGUGCUUUAAGAAAGGAGAUAUUAUAACUAUAACACAGACUGACGAUGGAGGUUGGUGGGAAGGGACUUUUCAAGAAAAAACAGGAUGGUUUCCUUCAAAUUAUGUUAAGGAAUAUAGAAUUCCAGAACCGGGACACGCUUUAGUGAAACUUUCGCCAGAAAAGUCGCCUCCCGAAUUACCAGUUCAUCAGAAACUCAACCGUGAUAUAGUAUUAAAGGAUAUAAUUGACUCGGAGAGGGCCAAUGUUGCUGAACUCCAGGGUUUAGUGACAAACUUUUUACAACCUCUUGAGGCAUCCAAUAUAUUAAAGAAAGAAGAAUACAAGCAGUUAAUUGGAAACAUACAUGAGGUUUUAGAGACUCAUCAACGUCUUCUUUCAAAUUUAGAUAGUGCUUUGUUACAAGGUGCUGACGCCAGAGUCGGGAAUUUAUUUUUGACGAUUGCACCUCGUUUGAAAUCGAUACAUUCUACUUACUGCAAUUGUCAUCCGCAAGCAGUUUGCAUAUUGGAUCGUUACAGGGACGAUUUAAAUGAAUUUAUGGAGCGCAGCGGUGCUAUAAGUCCCGGUAUUUUAGUUUUAACAACAGGCCUUAGCAAACCUUUUCGUAGACUAGACAAAUACUCUGCCAUGCUGCAAGAAUUAGAGAGGCACACGGAAAAAAAUCAUCCCGACAGAGGAGACACACAGCGCAGUGUUUGUGUCUAUCGUGAAAUCAAUGAACAAUGCGCAUCGGCACGCAAACAGAGGGAACUUGCUCUCCAAAUUUUGACGAGUGGAAUCAAAGGCUGGGAAGGAGAAGAGCUUAAUUCUUUGGGCGAUAUUUUACACGUUGGUCCUGUGACUUUGGUCAUGGGAGCUGAACGACGUGACCGAUACUUUGUCCUUUUUCCCACAACUUUGCUCGUUCUGAGCACAAGUUCCAGGAUGAGUUCGUUUGUAUACGAGGGAAAACUUCCACUGACUGGGAUUCACGUUGUUCCUUUAGAAAAUACAGAAGAAACCAAAAACGCUUUUGAAAUAUCAGGUCCAAUGAUCGAGAACAUAACAGUGUUCUGCACCCAGAAAGAGGAUCGGCAACAGUGGAUCGACCUUCUCUCGCAAGAGCAGGGUCUCGGUCUCUUGCGCACGCCGACACUGAUGCCGCAUGUGAGUUGCACCCAUCCUCCGUUCACGCGACUAUCGCGCUAUUACGCCAGACUCGUGCGGAAAAAGAUAAUCCAUCCCGAAUUAAUGAAGAAACUUCUUUAUUUGCAAUACAUUUAUAAGCCCGAUCUGAGUGACGUGAAGAUGAGAAAAUGCACCGUCACCUACAAUAUUUAUCCCAGAAACAGUCAAGACUACCGAUCAGAAACUAGUUCACUAGCUUCCAGUUAUGAGAGAAACAACGUCGAAACAAAGAAGCAGCGAUCUUUGCACAAAUCCACACUGCUGCUUGACGUUCGAUACGUUCUCGUCGAAGACACUCCCCUCCAAGCGCAAAAGGUCCAGCUCCCGCCGACCAGUUCGGCUUCACUCGCGAUCCAAAAUUCGGAAAGUCGCGACGAUCGUUUCUCCCUCGAAGCCAGCAAAAGUUUACCGGCCACUGUCACAUCUUCGCAAUGCUUCCAGUCGAAUCUCGACGCGACGCAGUUUCGCGACAACGAGAAUUUGACGGAAGCCGUGAAUCUCCAAUUUGGCGAGGACGAGCUGAAAAAUUGGAGAUCCUUGGACCAGACGAGGCAUCUGGCGAGUGACGAGUUGUCGCAAUCUUUCCACGAGAUGGCUGCCGAGUCGCGAUUAAUGCCAACCGCGAGUCUUCGCUCUUCGGAUUCCGGGAUGGCUGACAGUUGUCACUUUAAUUCAUCCGAGAUCAACUCCUCCUAUAAAUCGUCGUCCUACUGUCGGGGAAAAUACGCGGACCCGGUUCGGACAUCGCACAGUGGGAGUGAAAACGACGAGAAGAAAUUUGAGUAUCAGUGUAUUUGUAGUUCGCCGUUCGGUUCGACACCGCGGGAAAGUUCUGUCUCGUCAGCGGCGCUCGAUUUUAAUACGGUUGUGUCCAGGUGGAAUUUGGCCGACUCGACGAGUGUUAAUUGUGAGCCGAUUUUUGUAAAUGAUGAGACUCUGCGGGAGGAGGACUUUGAGUUUGAAUCGGACAGACUGGAUGAGAGUGCUGGCGGUUUUUCCGAAAUUGUCCCCGAUGAGAUGAGGCAAAAGCGCUUCACUCAACCGGGUUUUCCGGCCUCGCAUCAAAGGGGGAAGAGAGUUCAUCGAGGCGAGGCUCGAGAGAGAACAGAGAGUGGGGAUCAUCCUCAGGGAAAGCAAGUUUACACCUCGGGACUUUACGCACAUUGGUGGCUCAAGAAAGCGAUUCCAUUGCCCGAGACGACGGAUGAAGCCAUGUUGUGGGAAGCGACCAAUCAACCGAACGUGAAGCAGUAUCAGCAAGUAGUGGAAAUUGGUCUAUCUCCAGGUAUUAAGACGCCUUGGAGUCUCGCUUCUUUACGACCAGCCCCUCCUAUUUAUACAAUUAAAUCUUUUGGAAAGUCUGAUUCAACCGAGAGUUGUCGGUCGACGAAAUUGUGCAACGAACGGCAAUUUGAGGAUGAUGCAAUAAUAUUGAAAGUGAUCGAAGGCUAUUGUUUUACGGUUAACGCAAGGUUUACUGUUCACUCUGCUAUGUUGGAUUAUGACCCUCUUCAUAAAGCUCGCGAUAGAGUAUCCUUAGGGAAUAGUAAAAUUGGGAAUGGAGAUUCAAUUGAAGACAGGGGCCUAUCGGAAACUGUUAAGACCUUGAAGAAUCAAAUGGUGGAUUUACAAUGGCAAAUAUCCCAGCUGACUAGGCAGCUGGAGGAAGAAAGAAGAUCGCGUCUCUCGUUGGCUGCAACUGUAAAGCGCAGCAUUGCUGUUAUCGACGGCCCCGUUCCUUAAGGCUGCUUCGAAAUAAGAUUACUAUUCUUUGAAAAUCUUUCCUUAGAAAGAUUGGAUGUAAUUUUACUCGUCUUUAUGAAAAAUACAGAGUCUAGAGGUGCACGUUAACUACAAGUUGCCUUUUUUGGGAAUGUUUUGUAAUAUAGAAAUAAAGUUAUGACCAUUUUAUCUUUGAUUAA